UCGAUGGAAUUUCACCAUAGAUGACCAAAGAGGACCAGAAUUCGGACUCUAAAGUACUAUGUAAUCUGUAAUGUACAUCUUAAGAUGAUACUUUACUGUAAUUCGGUCAAACAUCGAUGCAUUUACGAUCCUAACACGGUUCUCUUAUCGUUGAUAUCGGUCGUGUCCCCAAUGCAACGUAUGCGAACGCAAUGUAGGCUCUGAUGAGCUAGUGAAAUGUUUCAGUUUUAGCGCAGUGUGUGUUCUCUUAAAAUUAUAUUACAUAACACUGAACAAAAAUUGAAAAAACAUAGACUUAUUAAAAUACGAAACGCAAAUCGGAAACCGAAUGGUAAAACACUUUCGUUGCUUCUAGGAUGGAAAAAAGGAUUUAUUAAAAACGUGUUUUUAUCAUGGUAUUUGUUUUCUGCUCGAUCAGAAUUUCCCGGAACAUACCAUGUUUAUCCCCUUUGUUGAAACUUCCCCUAACUACGUAUUCCACAAAGGUUACAUCAAGUAUAAAGAAAUUCACUUCUACGCAAAGGCAUUACUAUUUAUCAGCUGCAAAAUAUGCACAAACUCAAACUCAAACCAAAGCAUCAACAUCCUUUGACCAUAAAAAAUCUACAGCACGUAAAGGCGCAGGAAAUAAUACCCAGAAAGAUAUACCCUUAAAUGAGUCAGAAUGGAGGGAUAUGACAUUAAACCCUGUCAAGUUGCAGGACCAUUGUUUUAUGUUGUCCAAAAUAAGAUUAACAUCACUGGUGGUUGUAACAACCAUGGCUGGAUAUGCACUAGCCCCUGGUCCAUUUGAUAUUACUACUUUUCUUGCAUGUGCUGUUGGAACCGGGAUGCUGUCUGCAACAGCAAAUAGCAUCAAUCAAUUUUUUGAAGUUCCUUUUGAUUCACAGAUGUCAAGAACAAAAAACAGAGUACUAGUCAGAGGUUAUCUAACACCAGCACACGCAAUGACUUUUGCAGCAAUAUCUGGUUUUGGUGGAUUGGCAUUGCUCAUUAAUGAAGUAAAUGGAUUGACAGCUAUCUUGGGUUUAUCUAACCUAAUCCUUUACAGCCUUAUUUAUACACCAAUGAAACGUAUUAGUAUUUUAAAUACCUGGGUGGGUUCAAUUGUUGGUGCCAUACCACCAUUAAUGGGUUGGGCAGCUUGUGUCGGCAAUGUGAUGUCUCCUGGUGCUUGGAUUAUGUCUGGUCUGCUAUAUGCAUGGCAAUUUCCUCACUUUAAUGCUCUAUCAUGGAACUUGAGACCAGAUUAUUCGCGUGCUGGUUACAGAAUGAUGGCAGUGACGAAUCCAAAUCUUUGUCGCAAAACGGCACUACGUUACACAGUCGCAUUAACCGGUCUUUGCUAUUUGGCACCUGCCAUGGACGUAACGAACUGGUGGUUCGCUCUUACAUCAACACCGCUUAACGCGUACUUCCUUUAUCUUGCUUGGAAGUUUUAUAAGCAUUCAGAUAGUGGAAAUUCGCGAAAACUUUUUCGCUUCUCGCUAAUUCACCUACCGGUGCUGAUGAUUCUUAUGCUCGUAAAUAAGAAAUACUGGUUUAUCGAGAAGCAGGAAGAUAUGGCAAAGUAUAAAGAAAACCAGACUGGUGGGUAUUCGUUUAUCACCGGCGUCUUCGACAACUUAGCAAAAAAUUUCCAUCAAAAAUCGUAGUUGUUCAUAAUAGUACAAAUCGUUGCGAUAUUCUGCCGUUUGAAACUGUACACAAAUACGAGCCCGUAAGACACUC